CAGCGGUGUAGAUAGGGGGCAGGUCUAGUCUCUAUGCAAAUAUUAACACCUGUAGGUUCAGUGUGCGCCGGUUGUGUGUUUUGCUAACGUGUCGUUCACAGAUCCCCAGCAGAAGAACCGGACGGGAUUUGUCCAUCAUGAACAGUCGAUUGGACGAGAAGAGAAGGACAGACGUUUCGGAGGUGUUUUGGUUUGGGUUUGUUUAAACGGGAGAGUCUCCAGAGUCGAGCUGCCCUCUCUGUCGGUUUCGACUGUGGGGUUUCAAUGCAGAAAGCAUUUUGCCCGCCGCUGCCUCGGCUUAGCCGUGCUGUGCGCGUCUGUGAGACGCGGCGGAAGGGUGCGUCGCUUCUUCAAUACAAUUCAGAGAAGGAAACCCCGCAAGGACUUGAAUAUGUGAUGUAGUGAUUCUGAGAAUUUAAAAAAAGACUUGGUUUCAUUUCUGUGAUAUCCUGUCACCUUCCAACGCGACAUAUAACGGUUUCCCAACAUGAGUCUGAUCUACAAGAAGAUCCUGCUUUGGCUGUUGUGCUUCUCUGUGGCCAACCUCCUUCUCUACACCUUCCUCUCUCUCUCCAGUACCUCUCCCGACGGGACGUCCCAAGCCAGGGUCCGCCCCAGGGUGCUCAAACCGGACGGGGUCUUUUGGAAGCUCUCCCUGGACGAGAGCGCCCUGUGGAACCACCUCCAGCACGCUCUGGACCGCGCGCAUAACCCCAUCCUGAGAAACGGAACGCCCAGCAGAGCGGUUCCCCGGCUCAGCGGGCGCUGCCAGCCCAACCCAGGGGUGUCGACCCGGGUGCGAGACUUCAAUACCCUUCCUAGACGGGUCAAGGACUUCGUGGUGUCCAUGCACUGCCGUGAUUACCGCUUGGUCAUUGAUCAGCCGGGGCUGUGCAAGGGCGAGCGACCCACCCUGCUCCUCGCCAUCAAAUCCCAGGUCGCCAACUUUGAGAACCGGCAGGCGAUCCGGGAAAGCUGGGGCCGGGCCGGGAGAAUCGGGAACGCCACCGUCAAGCGGGUGUUCCUCCUGGGGAGGCAGGAUCCAGACUCGGGACACUUCCCGGAUCUGACAGGGCUGCUGGAGCUGGAGAGGAGACGUCACGGAGAUCUCCUCCUGUGGGAUUUCAAAGACACUUUCUUCAACCUCACCCUGAAAGACGUGCUGUUUCUCAAGUGGCUGGGGAGGAGGUGUCCCGGGGCCAGGUACGUCUUCAAAGGGGACGACGACGUCUUCCUCAACACGGAGGCCCUGCUGGGACACCUGGAGAGCAGGUCCAAUGAGAGCCGGGAUCUGUUUUUGGGACAGGUGAUCCGUCACGCUGCCCCGCUCCGGAAAGUCAAGCAGAAGUACUACGUGCCCAAGAGCCUGUACGAGGGGGGCUACCCAGCUUACGUAGGGGGAGGAGGGAUGGUUUAUUCGGGGGACUUGGCACUAAGGCUGGGCAGAGCGAGCGACCGCGUGGUUCUCUUCCCCAUCGACGAUGUCUACAUGGGGAUGUGCCUUGAGAAGUUGGGGGUCUCCCCUACGGAACACCCUGGCUUCAGGACCUUCGAUAUUUCGGAAGGGGACCGGGACAACCCCUGCGUGUACAGGACGCUUGUUCUGGUGCACAGACGGACGCCCAGGGAGGUUAUCCGGUUGUGGAAACGCAUGCAUGAUCCGGAGCUGAAAUGCUAGCAAAAAAAUAUCAAGACUUGUCUGAAUAAGUGUGUGUACAUUGAAUCGAAAAAAACAUUUUUUUUUUUUAUUAUUUAGUCAUUUUUAGCAGCUGUGACUUGCAGAGACUAGGAGGGUGAACUCUGCAUCAUCAACAACUGCUGCUGCUGCUGCAGAGUCACUUCCAAUAGGAGCUCGUUUGUUUUCCAUCUCAUCCGAAGGACGGAGCACAAGGAGGUUCAGUGACUUGCUCAGGGUCACACACACACACACACACGCACACACGCACACACGCACAGGGAGUCAGUGGCUGAGCCAGGAUUUGAACCUCCUGGUAUCAAGACCCCUUUUCUCUAACCUACCUAAACCAGAAUAUUUAUUCUACUGAAACUUUUACAGAGUGCAUCGGUAUAUAUUUCUAACUUAAAGUAGAUUUUUGGAAAGAAUCGUGAUUUAUUUAUUUGGGGUAUUGGGGUGGGAUAACUCAUUACUGUGCUGUUUGGGGGGCUGGGGAAGCAUAUGAAGACCCUGAAAACUAUACUUGAUUUCUUAACAGUAAUUCCAUAAAGCUUAUCAGCUGUCACUUUACAUUCUUUGUGAAGUUUUGAAAUAAACACAAGCAGGGAUUAAAAUAAAGGACUCCUAUUGCAUAGCAGUGUCACCCAUUCCAGGUUUUACUAGGAGCUUGAUUAGCCACAGUGUGCACAGGUAACAAGCUCAGGGGUGUGUGUGUCUUAUUAUUAAACCAGGAAUUUAAAAAAUAAAAUGUCUGGUCAUUUUCAAAAAGGAAAAUCGCCUUCACUUGUGGGGACGCUGUUUGAAAGAAGCACAAGGCACUGCUUCGGUUUAAAUGACCAAGGAAGUGCAAGUAUAACUAACUUCCUGAAACCAAGCCAUGCAAACUGAGAACUUUCUUUAAACUAGUAUCCUAGACCUGUAUAGCAAAAUGGAAGCAAAACACGUAACAUUUCAGAAGCUAGAAUCAUUUCAAACGAGGAUGCUUUGGAUGCGCGACAGCGCCCUCUAUGGCCAGUGGUGGUAUUCUUCAGUAAUUGAAUCUAUUCAGUCUUGAACAAAGAAGACUACGCGGCGAUCUGAUUCAAGCAUUCAAAAUCCUAAAAGGUAUUGACAACCUAGGGGACCUGAAAAAAGAAACAAGGACCAGGGGUCACAAAUGGAGAUUAGAUAAAGGGGCAUUUAGAACAGAAAAUAGGAGGCGCUUUUUUUACACAGAGAAUUGUGAGGGUCUGGAACCAACUCCCCAGUAAUGUUGUUGAAGCUGACACCCUGGGAUCCUUCAAGAAGCUGCUUGAUGAGAUUCUGGGAUCAAUAAGCUACUAACAACCAAACAAGCAAGAUGGGCUGAAUGGGGCCUCCUCUCGUUUGGAAACUUUC